AUGGCCAAGCAGAUGACUUUGCCAUUCUCGUGGGGUGCUUCCGAUGUGGGAUUUCCAGAAAUGGCCACUGGUCUAGCUUUGGUCAUCUUUGUGGCGCUCAUCGCUAAGCUUGCACUUCGGACAUACCGCAUACACAUGCAUCCUCUGACUUCUUUCAAAGGACUUCCAGAGGCAUGCACUUCAGAAAACUGGCUUUACAAGGUUACAAAAAGUGGAAGAGCAGAAGAAACAUUCGAAACUCUUCAUGAAAAGUACAACACCAAAGCUCUUCGGAUUGGACCCAAUGAGCUUCACAUUACCGAUAUCGAGCUGUACAAAGUGAUCUACAAUCAGUCAAAGCCAUUUCUCAAACAUGCGGCAUUUUACGAUGGAUUCAACACACCGCACACUGUUUUCGCCGAGCUUGAGCCUCACCUACACAAGGAGCGCCGACGCAUGCUGAACCCUUUGUUCUCUAAAGUUGGUGUUUACAAGCUGGAACCUCUCAUUUGUCAGAAAAUCCAUUUGCUAUCCGCUAAAAUCAAUCGACUUUGUACAACUAAGAAAAUUGAUGUUUACAACGCAGUUCGCCUCUUAACCACUGAAAUUAUCACAGAAUUCGCCUUCGCGAAAUCGGCUAACCUCAUCGAAGAGAAGAGUGAUGAACUAGACUCAUGGUUCCUUGACGCUUUCGAUGUUGGCUCUCAAAGUAUUGUAGACUUACAGUAUAAUGCAGUGCUCCGACAAAUCGUGAAGAUUCUACCAACGGGUGCUGUCAAGAUUCUGAACCCCAAGCUCCGCUCUAUUCUAGACCUUCAAGAGUUUACGGCAAGCUGCAUGCGAUACUGGCAAACAUCUUCCGAGACAUCCCCUUACCCUGUUAUCUUCGAUAGCCUGAAGUCGAUCUCGAAUGAUGCCAAGGUUUCUGAAGCGAUGGACAUUCUUAUCGCCGGUGCUGAUACGACCGCAUCUACUCUUACAACUGGAUUCAUUCACAUUCUUUCCAAUGACAAAAUCAAAAGACGUCUUGUGCAGGCCAUUGAUGAGGCCAUGCCGGAAACUGGAACCCUGAUCUCACUUCAAGCCUUGGAGAAAGUGGAAUACUUGGCGGCUUGUGUUAAAGAGUCAAUCAGAGUUGGAAUGGCUGUACCAGGUCGUCUUCCUCGCGUUGUCCCCAACGGGGACCCAUUCGUUGUUGAAGGCAAAGUCGUGCCUCCAGGUACAAUUGUUGGCAUGUCAACAUACACCAUGCACACUUCUGUGGAUGCGUGGGGACCUGACGCCCGGGAGUUCAACCCGGACCGUUGGAUUGGACCAGAAUCCAAAGGCUUGGAACAGUGGAUGUGCACAUUUUCCAAGGGCGCAAGAAUGUGUCUCGGACAGAAUGUCGCACCUGCUGAAAUCACGCUCACAUUUGCUUACCUAUUCCGCAACUACGAACUGAGUCUUCCCAAAGAACACGUCAAGCCUGAUGCCCUUGACCAUUUCACCUUGGCCUACCAGAAGCCCGGACUACCUGUCGAAUUCAAGCCUCGUCAGUAA